UUCAGCUUUAUAUAUUCACACUCACAUGCUUUCUGCACUUCCACACUUUAACCUUCUGUGCGGACACAUUAUCCCUGAAUCCUCGCCCAUCCGUCACUCUACGCUGAACCCUACCAUGAGAGCUGGGUUGAGAAUGUUGCUGCUGGUCUUGGCAGCAACUGUUUGUGUUUCAAAUGCGCAAACCAACAACAGCAACAACACUGACAAGCAACAGCAGCAGCAGCAGCGCAACAUCUGGGGUGAACCCAUCCAAUUCAGCACCAAGACCAAAGACUCCUGUACCAUGGUGGUGUCUGCAGCCGGGAACUAUACCCGCCUUCGUGUCUCCUGCAAGGGACCAACCCCAGGACGCUCUUACUACUGUGACUUCCAGGGCAAACCCACCUUGUGCCAGACCUACAACCACAAGCCUCGCCACUACUUCACGCAGAUGAUGUGGGAGUUGAGGAAACUGAGCCAUGCAUGUCAGGGAACUAAGAUCUACCGCCCGCACAUGUGCAAAAAAUACCCAGAUGAGGCUCAGAUGACCUUGCUGGCCUCUUGGCCCAAGACCGCUAUCUCUAAGCCCUCCAAGCCUGCUCAGGAGCCACGUAAACCAGUUGUGCCAGCCCAGAACAAGCCUGUUCCUUCUCCUAAACCUGUGAAACCCAUUAAGCCUCAGCCAGGCAAGGGGCGGCAGAACAGGAAAACUACUCCUAAGCCUGAAAAGACCACUGCUCUCCCCACAGAGCUGCCCGAGUCCACAGCUUCCCGCCUCGCCUCUGAAUACUGCUGGAAGAGCCUCCAGGGCUUCUGCUCCUACGUCAUCAACUGGUUCCAAAACUGAGACGACAGAGCAGCCGCAGUUGGGAAUUACCAGCGACUGACCCACCUGCUGAUCUUUGCAGGAUCUGUGUGGAAGCUACUGGAGUCAUUCCGUCGCGUUUUGAGUUCUGACCCCUCACAUUACUGCACUCUACGAACUGAGUGCAGAACCCUCAACCUACACCUGUGUACAAUUAGCGGAUACUGGUUUCAUGUCCAAGUCUUUUUCUUUUUUUUCUUUUUUUUUAAUCUGUCAAACACACAGCAAGACAAAAGGAAAAUAGGGCAGGCAUGUGUUUUUGUUUGUAUACGAUGUAGAAUUCCCUCAAGCUUUUAUUCCAAGACAUAAAAUGUGAAGAUAGAAAGAAUAAAGUGUGAGUGGUGGCCUCCUC